AUGAAAUUACUUUUAAAAUUAAUUUUUGUAUUUAUCUUCAUUAAAUGUAUUUUAGCACAAGGUCCAUAUGAUACUUUGGAAGAAUGUCAAUCAAUCUGUAAAGAUAACAAUGCUUGUACCACCCAAAACUGUGUUUGGUAUUAUGGGUGGUUCUGUUCUUCCAAUACCAAUACCUGCAGUGAUGAUUCAAUUUGCACCAAUGAUUACUGUGACCCUGUAAACGGAACCUGUCAUCAUACUCCAGCAUUUUCAUGUGAUGAUAAUGAUCCAUGCACUUUAGACACAUGUCAUUUCACACUUGGUUGUAUUCAUAUUACUCAAGCAUGUAAUGUUGUUGUACCCUGUAAUAAAACUAGUGACUGCUUCAGAGGCCGUAAUUGUGAAACCUAUACCUGUAAAUCUAGCCAUACUUGUGAGUACCAAGCCAAACCAUGCUCAGCUGAACAACCUUGUAUUGAACCAUUAGGAGUCUGUGUUGGUAACCCAACUAAUUAA